AUGUCACCUCAAGUAUACAAUGUCACCUCAAGUAUACAAUGUCACCUCAAGUAUACAAUGUCACCUCAAGUAUACAAUGUCACCACAAGUAUACAAAGUCACCUCAAGUAUACAAUGUUACCUCAAGUAUACAAUGUCACCACAAGUUUACAAUAUCAACACAAAUAUACAGUGUCACCACAAAUAUACAAUGUCACCUCAAGUAUUCAAUGUCACCUCAAGUAUACAAUGUCACCUCAAGUAUACAAUGUUACCUCAAGUAUACAAUGUCACCACAAGUAUACAAUGUCACCUCAAGUAUACAAUGUCACCUCAAGUAUACAAUGUCAACACCAGUAUACAGUGUCACCACAAAUAUACAAUGUCACCACAAGUAUACAAUGUCCCCACAAGUAUACAAUGUCACCUCAAGUAUACAAUGUCACCUCAAGUAUACAAUGUCACCUCAAGUAUACAAUGUCACCUCAAGUAUACAAUGUCACCUCAAGUAUACAAUGUCACCUCAAGUAUACAAUGUCACCUCAAGUAUACAAUGUCACCUCAAGUAUACAAUGUCCCCACAAAUAUACAAUAUCGCUACAAGUAUACAAUGUAGCCUCAAGUAUACAACGUCACCACAAAUAUACAAUGUCGCCACAAAUAUACAAUCACCACAAAUAUACAUUGUCACCACAAGUAUACAAUGUCACCACAAAUAUACAAUAUCACCAUAAAUAUACAAUGUCACCUCAAGUAUACAAUGUCACCACAAGUAUACAAUUACCCCACAAGUAUACAAUGUCACCACAAGUAUACAAUGUCACCACAAGUAUACAAUUACCCCACAAGUAUACGAUUACCACACAAGUAUACAAUGUCGCCACAAGUAUACAAUGUCCCCACAAGUAUACAAUAUCACCUCCAGUAUACAAUGUCACCUCAAGUAUACAAUGUCACCACAAGUAUACAAUGUCACCACAAGUAUACAAUGUCCCCACAAGUAUACAAUUACCCCACAAGUAUACAAUGUCACCUCAAGUAUACAAUGUCACCACAAGUAUACAAUUACCCCACAAGUAUACAAUGUCACCACAAGUAUACAAUGUCACCACAAGUAUACAAUUACCCCACAAGUAUACGAUUACCACACAAGUAUACAAUGUCGCCACAAGUAUACAAUGUCCCCACAAGUAUACAAUAUCACCUCCAGUAUACAAUGUCACCUCAAGUAUACAAUGUCACCACAAGUAUACAAUGUCACCACAAGUAUACAAUGUCCCCACAAGUAUACAAUGUCACCACAAAUAUACAAUUACCCCACAAGUAUACAAUUACCACACAAGUAUACAAUUACCACACAAGUAUACAAUGUCGUCACAAGUAUACAAUAUCCCCACAAGUAUACAAUAUCACCUCCAGUAUACAAUCUCACCUCCAGUAUACAAUGUCACCACAAGUAUACAAUUACCGCACAAGUAUACAAUUACCACACAAGUAUACAAUGUCCCCACAAGUAUACAAUAUCACCUCCAGUAUACAAUGUCACCUCAAGUAUACAAUAUCACAAAAGUAUACAAUAUCACCUCAAGUAUACAAUGUCACCACAAAUAUACAAUGUCACCUCAAGUAUACAAUGUCACCACAAGUAUACAAUUACCCCACAAGUAUACAAUUACCACACAAGUAUACAAUGUUGCCACAAGUAUACAAUGUCCCCUCCAGUAUACAAUGUCGCCACAAGUAUACAAUGUCACCUCAAGUAUACAAUGCCACCACCAGUAUACAGUGUCACCCCAAAUAUACAAUGUCACCUCAAGUAUACAAUGUCACCUCAAAUAUACAAUGUCACCUCAAGUAUACAAUGUCACCUCAAGUAUACAAUUACCACACAAGUAUACAAUGUCACCUCAAGUAUACAAUGUCGCCAUAAGUAUACAAUUACCACACAAGCAUACUAACAAUGAAUUAACUACACAGUGA